CUGUCAGCCAAUAGCAGUAAAGGUUCGGCUUCCUACACACUAAGCUAUUGCACUGGCAGCAUGGAAUCAGGAAAGACAAGAAGAGCUGAGAUACUGCAGUUAAGCUAACUUCAAAUAGAAAAGCAUUAAUUUGCAAGAGAUGAAGUCUGGAAAUGAGGCUCCUGCGUUAUCAUACUUUCAAGAGGCUUGUCUACAAGGAUAUUUUUUCUCUCUGUGAAAAAUAUCUGCCCUGAUGAAACCAGUAUCGUGUAGCUUUUAAGGGAAACAGUACUAUGUCUGUUAGUGCAACAGAGGGGGACAUUCCCAGAUUUUUUGUGGGUUGUGAGGAAGCCGAUGAUGUCUUAGAACAAAAUAAAGCUGAAAACUUGAAUAGGCUCUACGAAACUAUUGAUGAUGAUGAGGAUGAUGAAUAUGAUUCUCCUCCUGAACGACAGAUUGUGGUUGGAAUCUGUGCAAUGGCAAAAAAGUCUAAGUCCAAACCCAUGAAAGAAAUCUUAGAGCGGCUUUCCUUGUUUAAAUAUAUCACUGUAGUGAUUUUUGAAGAAGAUGUCAUUUUGAAUGAACCAGUUGAAAAUUGGCCUUUGUGUGACUGCCUUAUCUCUUUUCAUUCCAAAGGUUUUCCAUUGGACAAAGCAGUUGCUUAUUCAAAACUCAGGAAUCCAUUUGUAAUUAAUGACUUGAAUCUACAAUAUCAAAUUCAAGACCGAAUAGAAGUUUAUAGGAUUCUCAAGGAUGAAGGGAUUUUGCUUCCUCGAUAUGCUGUUCUUAAUCGUGAUCCAAAUAAGCCUGAAGAAUGUAAUUUAAUUGAGGGAGAAGAUCAUGUGGAGGUAAAUGGUGAAAUUUUCCAAAAACCAUUUGUGGAGAAGCCAGUGUGCGCUGAGGAUCAUAAUGUUUAUAUUUAUUACCCAACCUCAGCAGGAGGAGGUAGCCAGAGACUAUUUCGGAAGAUUGGCAGUCGGAGCAGCGUAUAUUCACCAGAAAGCUGUGUAAGAAAGACUGGAGCAUAUAUUUAUGAGGAGUUCAUGCCUACUGAUGGAACAGAUGUCAAGGUUUACACAGUUGGGCCAGACUAUGCACAUGCCGAAGCCCGAAAGUCACCUGCUCUGGAUGGCAAGGUUGAACGAGACAGUGAAGGAAAAGAAGUUAGGUAUCCUGUCAUUCUCAAUGCCCGAGAGAAGUUAAUAGCUUGGAAAGUUUGUCUUGCUUUUAAGCAAACGGUUUGUGGUUUUGAUUUGCUACGUGCAAGUGGCCAGUCAUACGUCUGUGAUGUAAAUGGUUUCAGCUUUGUGAAGAACUCUAUGAAAUAUUAUGAUGACUGUGCAAAGAUACUUGGGAACAUCAUUAUGCGAGAACUUGCUCCACAGUUUCACAUACCGUGGUCAAUACCGUUGGAAGCAGAAGAUAUUCCCAUAGUUCCAACAACAUCUGGAACAAUGAUGGAGCUAAGAUGUGUGAUAGCUGUGAUAAGACAUGGAGACCGGACACCGAAACAGAAAAUGAAAAUGGAAGUCAGACAUCAGAGGUUCUUUGAUCUAUUCGACAAAUUUCAUGGCUACAAGACAGGAAAAUUAAAACUAAAGAAACCAAAGCAGUUACAGGAAGUGCUGGAUAUUGCCAGGCAACUUCUUGCUGAACUUGGCCAAAACAAUGAUUCAGAAAUUGAAGAAAGCAAAGCAAAACUCGAACAACUUAAAACUGUGUUGGAAAUGUAUGGUCAUUUUUCUGGAAUAAAUCGUAAAGUGCAAUUAACGUAUCUCCCUCAUGGCUGCCGUAAAACAUCCAGUGAAGAAGAAGACUGUAGAAGAGAGGAACCAUCACUGCUGCUGGUGCUGAAAUGGGGAGGUGAACUGACCCCUGCAGGCCGGGUACAGGCAGAAGAACUUGGCAGAGCUUUCCGAUGCAUGUAUCCAGGAGGACAAGGAGACUAUGCUGGAUUUCCAGGCUGUGGCUUGCUUAGAUUACAUAGUACAUAUCGGCACGACCUUAAAAUCUAUGCAUCUGAUGAAGGAAGAGUUCAGAUGACUGCUGCUGCUUUUGCUAAAGGCCUAUUGGCGUUGGAAGGAGAGCUCACUCCUAUACUGGUCCAAAUGGUUAAAAGUGCUAAUAUGAAUGGCUUACUCGACAAUGACAGCGACUCUUUUAGUAGCUGCCAGCAUCGUGUUAAAGCAAGACUGCAUGAGAUUUUGCAGAGAGAUCGAGACUUCAGCCCAGAAGACUACGAAAAGCUUACUCCAACUGGAAGUGUCUCGCAGAUAAAAUCAAUGCAGAUUAUUAAGAACCCUGUUAAGACUUGCGACAAGGUGUACUCUCUAAUCCAAAGUCUGACAUCUCAAAUCCGACAGAGGAUGGAAGAUCCAAAAUCUGCAGAUAUUCAGCUUUAUCACAGUGAAACUCUGGAACUAAUGCUGCGCAGGUGGGCCAAGCUGGAAAAAGACUUCAAAACUAAAAAUGGAAGAUACGAUAUCAGCAAAAUCCCUGAUAUAUAUGACUGUAUUAAAUAUGAUGUACAGCAUAACUAUUCUUUAAAACUGGAGAAUACAAUGGAAUUGUACAGACUUUCAAAGGCUUUAGCUGAUAUUGUCAUCCCUCAGGAAUACGGCAUAUCCAAAUUAGAAAAGUUAGAAAUUGCCAAAGGUUACUGCACACCCCUUGUUAGAAAGAUCCGGUCUGAUCUUCAGAGAACACAAGAUGAUGACACUGUAAACAAACUUCAUCCACUGUAUUCUAGAGGUGUCAUGUCACCAGAGCGGCAUGUGCGGACCCGCUUAUAUUUUACUAGUGAAAGCCAUGUUCACUCGCUCUUGUCUAUUCUUCGUUUUGGAGCUUUGUGUGAUGAAACCAAAGACGAACAGUGGAAAAGAUCCAUGGAUUACCUAAACUUUGUAAAUGAACUCAACUACAUGACUCAGAUUGUGAUAAUGCUGUAUGAAGACCCAAACAAGGAUCUUUCAUCAGAGGAGCGUUUUCAUGUUGAGCUGCACUUCAGUCCUGGAGCCAAAGGCUGUGAAGAAGAUAAAAAUUUACCAUCGGGAUUUGGAUACAGGCCGGCAUCUAGAGAGAAUGAAAGUUCGAAGAAAUCCGCUCAAGGCAACGAUAGCGAUGAAGAGGCGAAUCUGUGUCGAAGAGAUGAACCCGACAGAGCCAUGGUGAUGUUUAAGCCUCUGGUAUCUGAUCCUAUUUAUAUACACAGAAAAUCUCCCUUGCCCCGUUCCAGGAAGAUCGGCUCUGUAGAAGAAGAGACCCCCCUGAGUGUGUCUAGCCCAGAGUGUAUCGGUACCUGGAUGCAUUACACCGGUGCUGUGGGUUCUGGGCGUCGAAGACGCAGAUCAGGGGAUCAAAUCACUUCUUCCCCAGUGUCCCCUAAAUCAUUGGCUUUCACAUCCAGUAUUUUUGGCUCAUGGCAACAGGUAUUGUCAGAUAACAAUAGUCAUUUGAGAUCAGCUAGACUCUUGGAACAAAAGCACAGUGGUUUAGCCGGCCACUCACAGAAAAAAGAAACAAGAAAAUCUUCUCAUUCUGGGAAGUGUAAAAUCAGACGUCAGUAUUGGAGCUCUGUGUUAAGAGGGUCUCACUGUGCGGGUCUGUUUAGCACUUCUGUGCUCGGGGGUUCUUCCAGCGCGCCUAACCUUCUGGAUUAUGCUCGUGCUCAUCGUAAAAAGCUGACCACCUCUGGCUGCAUAGAUGACGCCACACGCAGCUCUGCUGUAAAAGGUUUUUCUAUCUCAUUUGCUCGACACCCAACCAAUGGAUUUGAACUGUACUCCAUGGUGCCUUCCAUAUGUCCGUUAGAGACUCUUCACAACUCUUUGUCAUUAAAGCAAGUGGAUGAAUUCCUUACUGCUAUUGCAGCUCCUUCAAAUGAAUGCCUAAUGGAUACUCCAACUGCUUCUCCUUCCACUCCAGGUUAUUGUAGUCAUGGUGGCAGGAAGGUAUCCUUGAACACAUAUACGCCUACAAAGAUACUUCCAACAGCACUGCACCUUUCCUCAGACUGCGAAAUGUCAGAUUACACAGAUUUGCAGAACACAGGGCCAUUAAGCAUGAUUUCAUAUCUGAAUGAGUCCUUGACUUCAAUGGAGAGAGAACCUAGUGUCACCACAGAAAAGACGGAUAUUUCACAGGAAAAUGACUCUACUCACGCCAAAAACAAGCUGGAUUCUUAAUUUUUGCUUUAUUUUUAUUUUUUUAUGUUAAAUUACAGAAUGUUUUCAGUAGAUAGUGCAAUCUGUAUCAAGGCUACACAUUUUUUUACAUUACUGCUGUUCAGUUUGUAUAUACAGAAAUAAAGAAAUUAUUUUGUGUUUACAAUGUAAAUAUAUUUUAACCUUUAAGCCUAAUGAAUGCUACAAAAGUAAUAUCUGCUUUAUUACAUCAAUUCAAACUGUAUAAUAAAUUAUUAUAUACAUUUCCAAAACAA